ACCCAGCGUGCUGCCCUGAUGUUUAAAAGGAACAACGCAGUGGAGGCACUUCAUCAGUUCACCACAAGCUAUUCGGGGGUGUGACUACAGUCGUUGGGGUCUAUAUAUUGAGAUGUUUUGUCCGUUGGCUUUAUGUGAAUGAGAGAGAAGCUGCCCAGUGAAAAGUCACCACAGCAGGACCGUGCGCGCCUCCUCGCUUCAUAUGCUCUCGUGUGACACAAUGGAUUCCUGUUUUCGCGCACUUUGUAUGACUUUUGUCCUGGCAUCGUUCAGCCGGAGGUCAGGUGCGAGCGGACCGGUGAUCAGAUGCGAGCCGUGUGACGUUGGAGCGCGACUUUCGUGCAAACCUUUACCCAAAGACUGCGCCGAGAAGGUCCGAGAACCGGGCUGCGGCUGCUGCAUGACCUGCGCGCUCAGCUUCGGGCAGCCGUGCGGCGUGUACACCGGGAGAUGUGGCUCCGGGCUGACAUGUCAACAUCAGCCCGGUGAAACCAAACCUCUGCAGGCUCUGCUGGAGGGACGGGGGAUCUGUGCAAACGCUACAACCAAGCGACAAACCGUCAGACCGACGCCUCCAGUCAAUGAAUUGCCAGAGAAUGCUGAGACUCCGGACGAGGAGAGGAAUUCCACCGGCUCAGGUGUUCAGACCUCGUUCAGCACCCACAGACCCACUGGACCACUGAGGCCUCCUCUUCACCCCUUCUUCCCUUCUGCCAAGUCCGAGGUCCUCAGACGGGAGCAGCAGAAGAGAACCCAGAGCUUUAAAAUAGAGGAUCUCCCAGGCCCUCUCAUCACAGACCAGCAAAACUUCUCUCUAGAAACCAAACAGGAGCCUGAGUAUGGCCCCUGCCGAAGAGAGAUUGAGAGCAUCCUCAGCAACCUCAAAAUCACCAACAUCCUCAACCCCAGAGGUUUCCGCAUUCCAAACUGUGACAAGAAGGGCUUCUAUAAGAAAAAGCAGUGCCGUCCAUCCAAAGGCAGAAAGCGAGGCUUCUGUUGGUGUGUGGACAAAUACGGGCAGCCUUUGCCAGGUUUUGAUGGGAAGGAGCGAGGAGACGCCCAGUACUACAACUCCGAGAGCCAAUAGGAGCGAAGCGGGACGGGGGAGGGGGGGUUGGGAGUGUGCAAGAAGAAUUGUAAACAAAUGGAGAGACACUGAGGAUAUUGGAAGAGAGGUCAAGAGAUGGCUCAGCCCGAUAUAUGGAUGUUUUGCUAUUUCUAUCUGUUGCCUGUGGGACCUUUUUUCUGAGGCAGAGCAAAGGGGAACAGAGGAAGAGUACCAAGAGGAGGAAUGCUUGUACAUUCUGUACCUUUAUGUGAUUGAUGGAUGGAUUCUUCAUAAGCUGUUUUGUCUCUGACUUGACCUGGACGGCUUCUGGGGAGAUGAUAAAAGAAUUCAUCUCCGAGGCCUUUUUCUAAUUCGAAAACGCAGAGACAACGUCACAAACAGUGAUGCGAUCGCUCCUCAUUUACGCACAAUUAGAUGGCAUUGCAUAUGCGUACGUGCUUGUGACGUGUAAUCUUUAUUUGUAUGCUUGUGAUUUUGUUAUAAAGACAUUGAGUGUGGGUAUGAACGUGUCCUUCAGAGUAAGCAUGCAGUGCCUUGCUAUGGAUUCAUAUUUGUAUGAACUUUAUUCCGGUUGCUUCCUCCUCCUCAGGGAGUUGGAUGUGACUGUGCAGCUCAAACUCUACAGUGCAUAUAAAUUUUUUUUUUUUUUUUGUAUGCUGGAUCUCAGACCACAGAAAAUGGGGACAUUUCUUCUACUCUGUACUGUGGUUUGUACUAUUUUGUUGUCACUUUGCAUAAGCUGAAUAUUAGAGAUAAAGGCCUGUAACCGUUAUCUCUGAUCUGUGUAGCCAGUGAUAUUUUUCAACACUUGUCUCGGUUUUAAAUAAAUAUGCUGUUUGCAUGUACAAUGCAACCCUCAGAGGUCUAUUUUUACUUAAUAAAGGCAGUAUAAAAUUUUUCGGGUGUUUCGUUCUCUAUUGCAUAGACAUUAAACCAGGACGCCACCGUGAUGAAAUAAUAUAUUAAAUGCACAUUCACAGAAUUGGAAUAUAUACACUUGUUUAAUAAAACCAAUAAAGGAACGGCAGCACUCCAGGCAAAUGGCACGCACAAAACAUUCCAGCAAACACAAGCAUAAACAUGAGUAAAAUAUAAUAAAUAUUAGAACAGACGCAAGAAUAGGUCAACAAAGGAAAAAUGAGAGAUAAUGUGUGAGAAGUGUAGCUGAGAUAAGCCCUCAGAAAUCCUCCGCUCAACCUGUGGACCUGCAGAGACUUAGCAGAGGUAGACAGAUGCCGAACAACCCAUCCCAAACCUCACAGUGGCUUGGAUGAGCCCUGAUAUGUUUGUGCUCAGCCACUGUUUGCAUAUUUGUGGCCGUUUAAGUAUUUCCCCCAAUACCCAUUGAGGAAACGCCAAAGGAGAUACAUUGAGACAAUGUCAACAGGUUGGAUGAAUGAGCGGCUGUGUUGUUGCGUACCGUGCACAGCUCUAGUUCUGAAUGAAUUAUUUAAAAAAGAAAA